AUGCGCGAGGAAGCAGAGAUCAUGGACGAGCUCCAUGGUCUCGACGGAGAGCUAAAAGGCUUCCCUCAAGACGCACAUUGGUUCUGUCCGAGGCGAAAUGAUGAUGACAAUGCUGAUUACGACUCCCCAAACGAAGCCGAAGAGGACAUGAGCCCGGAGACAAAGCAGGAACUGAUUCAGGAUGCCAAGAGACGACAUGAGAUAGCAUACAAGUACUCGCUCAUUCUGGGAUUAGCUCCUGAGAUAUCUGGGACUCUGCUGGACGACUAUACUCGACGCUUGAACGAGUUGCUAACGACUUGUGACAAAUGCGUUCGUAACUGGCAUAUGGGCCGCAAACCGUACCUCAAGGAACUGGCAGAACAAUUCGACGAUGACACGGUGGCAGAGCUCUCGAACAGGCUGAAUGCCAUUGAUUUUCAGCGGCUUGACAAUGGUCUCAAAGCAGGUGAAAAACUUCUGGCUGGGGUAGAAGUCCAACAACGCACCCAGGGACUCCUGGCGAAAUAUGACACCAAGGCCCUCCUAGCUUUGUACGAAGCUUUGUGCUGUAUAGAUUACCAUAAAUCGGAAGAGAGGCUCUCGGCACACUUCAACUAUGUCUUCGAACAAGUCCAGAACAGAAAGGUGCUUAGGAUUGGCGAUAUCCUCCCAGCUAUGGCCCGUUUUCUCUUCGAUAGUGAUCAAUACCGGCUGCGAUUCGCAGUAUGCGCAUGGCAGAAGAUGACCAUCAAUCUUACAACUGAAACCUUCGACUGGGUUGUGCAUGACGUUCUCUCCGAAGCCAUCAUCGCAGUUUCCCAGCCCACUGCCACACCUGCCGAUAUACAGAGGUUUUGGAACGGCUUCCUCCUUAUGUUGGAUAAAAUGGAUGAGGGUUUAAUCACACAUUCUCUCAAAGGAUUGGAAGUUCAACCCAACAUUUAUCAGUUGGUACUUCAUCAUCUUCCAUCUGGCUCCGAGGAGGUCGUCACUUUACUUAUUGAAGCACUUCGACACCUUCUCAAGAAAUCGCCGACGAAUUUCUGGGAGGCCAUGGGUACAAUAUCGCCUGCCACUGUUGCAGAGCAGAUUUUUGCCAGCCCUGGAUUCGAGAAGUUGCUUGCCAAUUUGCAAGAAUUCAAGCAAGAUGAGUCGUCGCCUGCUACCGCUUGGAUACCAGAAUUCAUUGCUUCCCUUCCUGCAGUCCACCAACAUGACGCGUGCCGUUCGUUACUCUACAACCUAUUAGAACGUCUACAAACUGCCAAACUCUCUGAGAACGCCAGAUUCGCAUGUUGUCGUGCUGGUCUUGGUGCCCUAUCCACUACUUUGGGUACGUUUGUUAAGUCAGACUAUGUAAUCAAGCCGUCAACGUCCUUAAUUGUCAUAAACGAUAUAAUGGGCCUUGUGAAUACGUACAAAAAUACCAUUACUGGAUGCGCCAAUCUGACUGAUUCCGACGACAAUCAUCGCGAGUUGAAGCGACUUGGCAUGCUGGUCAUCCAAGAUGCGCUCGCACUUGAUUGUAAAGCGCUGAGUGCGGAAUAUUUUGCACUUGCAAAUGGAACGCCAAUUCAGCGCGGCGGCCGAAGUCAUUCCCAAUCAGUGUGGCAAGCUACCCUAGAUAUCUUCCGGCCAGGAAAUGUUGACCUGGCGAAGAGCAUUCUAGCUGCCACAUCGGCCCUCGUAGGUCUUGACGAGCUAUUACCAAUGGACAGAAAGAAACCCGACUUGCCCAAGGAUCACAUCCAGUACAACGAAAGCUUCAGGCAGCUCAAUGACAAUAUCUCGCGAGUGUUUGAGCGUUUGAGUGACUUCGAACCCUCAGACCUUCGCCAGAUGUACCAAACUCCCCAGACGGGUCGCCCGCUGUUUGCUGCUCUCCUCUCCGCAGACCAGGCGGUUUAUGAAGCUACUGUGGCAGUCGUCAAGACCAUGACUGGCCACAGUACCAAGCAGGAUGCAUUUUCAAAAAUAUUGGAGGAAGCGUUCUCGCUGACUUUGAGCUCGAUGACGUGGGCCGUCAGUCGAAUCAUCAAGGCUCGUACUUUUUCGCCUGUGCCAUACAUGCUCAAGAUUGGGAACGACAUGCUGGAUGCACUCUGUGGAAACACGGGAAUCUUGCGGAUCCGCUCUAACUUGACAAGCUCAGAGCAAAAUGCAGUCACGGCAUGGUGGGCAGUCCAAUGGCGAGCUUUAGACGUGGUCUUUGCUACAACUGAAAAUUGGGCUCCGCGGGUAAACCAUUCAACAGCAUAUAUGCAGGAAUUCUGCCGCGACGCUAUGGAUUAUGCGGAAGCUCUAUUUGACCAACAUAGCAUUAUUGCUUCUGUCUUGAGUGAAUCGAGCCCGGCGGAAGAUAACCAGGCAUCCAUUCACUCGGGGUCCUCAAAGCAGUCCAUCAGAAGGGUCCUAGAGGUAAUCUGCCACAACGUCAAUGGCCUGACAAUGAUGCUCAGGUUGAGGGAUGCAUACCUUAUCAGUAUCAUCACACGUCUGUUGAGCAAACUUCUUCGAUGCCUUGGAGAGUAUGAGCUGGAGAUUGAUGAGUUCGCUUCGGACUACAUCAAGAAUGCCUGCAAGCGAGAGAACGAGCCCAAUUUCAAGAGAACAAACUUGACGAAUCAGCAGAAGGCAGAGCUUCAAAGAGCUUUGGACGAGCAUCAAGGCGUUGAAAUCAUAGAGAUGCCUACACCUGUCGUUGCCAAAAAGCAAUCCACUAUUGACUCCUGGUCGAAGUCAGCAGGGGGGAAGAGAUACGAGCCUACGCUACCAGCCAAAAGUCAUGCUUUGACCCUGUCUUCAGACAAGCAUAAGGCUAUCAUUGACAAAAUAAAGGCGACUUCCACGAAAACGGCGGAAAAUAACCAACAGUUCCUUCAAAAUCGUCGCAAGGCAGAGGAAGAAAGGAAGCGCCUAAAUGCCGAAGCCAUAGCUAAGGCUAAAGCGCUCCGAGGCCCUUCAGCAUUAGUCCGCGGAGAAGGGUCUGGACUUAAAGACAUCGGCGGCGUAGCUGGGAAAGACCAUGCACCAGUGCGCAGUGAGAUCAUGGUCGGCUCAUCAGAUGAAGAUUCGGACGAUGAUGAUGAUGAAGAUGAGACGAACGCUCUUGUCAAGAAGCGAAAGGAGGCAUCCAAAAAGGUCACGGAGUACGAGGAGAGCCGGCGUCGUGCCUUGAUGCAACAGCAGCAAGGUCCAGUACGCAAGACCAAAGUGCAACGAUCAGCCAAGGAUCUCCGUGCUCGUGUAGAACCCAACAUGGACAGAUUAUACCUCGAGAUACUGAAUUGGGAUAUUUUCCAUGCUGGCGACGAUCCGCCAAGCAACAACGAGUGCAGAAGAAUCGCGAAUCAGUUCCUGGAUCUUGACCUCUAUAAGAAGACCUUUGGCCCUUUGCUCAUAUCUGAGGUAUGGCGCUCCCUAGUAGCCGCAAAGGACGAGAAUACUUUCAAGCCGGUUGAGAUCAAAGUCCUGAAUCGUCUUUCCGUGGAUAAAUUCAUGGAAGUGAGCACAAACAUGCCCAUAUCAGCCAAUCGAGAACUCAAAAUGUCUGAACGAGACAUUGUACUCCUGUCAAGGAGCCCGGAUCCACUGAACGACGAGCAAGAACCGCACUGCUUAGCUCGCGUGGAUAGAACCACUCGCAAGAAAGAAGUACUGGAGGUCACGUAUCGUGUCAGCAGAGAAAUCAGCCCUACCUUUCUUCAGUGUCUCGUCCCGAAUGGCAAAAUCCAUGCUGUGAAGAUUACCGAUAUGACAACAACACAACGCGAGUUCGCCGCCCUAAGUAGUUUGGAGUAUUACGAUUUGUGCAAUGAAGUCCUCGAAGCAAAGCCUUCACCAAUUCAGAAGUACUCUGAGGACAAGAUCUCUCAGAUGUCGUCCAAAUACAACCUAAACAGAGGACAGGCUCAGGCAAUCUUGUCUGCUAAUGAUAAUGAUGGGUUCACUUUAAUCCAAGGACCUCCUGGAUCUGGCAAGACCAAAACCAUCAUCGCCAUGGUCGGCGCUCUCCUAACUCGAACGUUACAGCAACAACACGAGGAUCAAAACCGGGCCAGGCCUCAAGUCCAAGCCUCGGGUAACCCCAAACCCCCGGCUCCAAUCCCAAAGAAGAAACUCCUUAUAUGUGCACCCAGUAAUGCUGCAGUUGAUGAGCUGGUUGUACGAUUGAAGGAGGGCAUCCAGCCUCUCAAUGGCCCCUUACAAAAGAUCAACGUAAUCCGCAUAGGUAGAAGCGACGCUAUCAACACAAGUGUUAAGGACGUCAUGUUAGACGAGCUGGUCCGGAUGAAACUUGAAGGUGAUGACGGCGAAAAGAACAAGCUCUUACAGGAUAGGGACAAGCUACAUCAGGAGGCUGCUAAAAUCAAAGAGCGCUUGAACGCGCUGAGACCUCAAAUGGAUGCAGCUCGCGCCAGCGGUGACAAAUCACAGGAGCUCCAACUACAGCGGGAGUUUGAUCAGCUGAAGCGGAACCAAGCGCAUAUUGGUAAUAAGAUUGAUGAGGAUAAGGAGAGUGGAAACACUGUGACCCGUCAGAAUGAGAUCAACCGUCGUCGAUUCCAACAGGAGAUCAUCGACGGGGCACAUGUGUUGUGUUCGACCCUCAGUGGCAGUGGCCAUGACAUGUUUAGGAACUUGAACGUCGAAUUCGAGACUGUCAUCAUUGAUGAAGCAGCCCAAUGCAUUGAGCUCAGUGCUCUGAUUCCGCUCAAGUACGGAUGCUCCAAGUGUAUACUUGUUGGAGAUCCUGAGCAGCUGCCACCGACAGUCCUAUCAAGAUCUGCGCAGAGCUUUGGAUACGAACAGUCUCUUUUUGUUCGCAUGCAACGCAAUCACCCUAAAGAUGUCCAUCUUCUUGAUACACAAUACCGCAUGCACCCCGAGAUCAGUUCGUUCCCAAGCCAGCAAUUCUACCACGGUAGAUUGGUUGAUGGUGACGGUAUGGCUCAGCUGCGGCAAAAGCCAUGGCACGCGAGUACGAUUUUCGGGCCAUACCGGUUUUUUGAUGUUGAAGGUGUCCAGUCUAAGGAGGCCCGGGGCCACUCAUUUAUCAACAUUCCUGAACUCAAUGCUGCGAUUCGACUAUACGAGAGACUGAAAGCUGACUACAGGUCAUAUGACUUCAAGGGCAAGAUUGGGAUCAUAACCAGCUACAAAGCCCAACUGAAUGAGCUGAAGUCACGAUUUGCCCAGAAGUAUGGAGAUGCUAUUUUCGAGGAGAUCGAGUUCAACACUACCGACGCCUUCCAAGGACGUGAACGUGAGAUUAUUAUAUUCUCUUGUGUCAGAGCAAAGGCCACUGGAGGAAUCGGUUUCCUUGGUGACAUCAGACGAAUGAACGUUGGUCUCACGCGUGCCAAAUCAUCCCUGUGGGUCCUCGGAGACUCGAGAUCGUUGCAACAAGGAGAAUUCUGGAAUAGGCUCAUCGAAGAUGCGAAAAGCCGUGAUAGAUACACUAGCGGUGAUAUCAUGGCACUGUUGUCAAAGCCAACGAGUCGGGUUCAGCAAGCCUUGCCACCUGCAACCAUUUCAAGCGGUAACGAAUCUCAGCCAGCCCCGCUCCAGCUAGAGCCGGCUUCUGAUAGCAAAGCGUAUCCCUCUCGAGUUAAAGCAGAGGACAGCGACGUGGAGAUGCUCGAUGUACCGCCUAGUGCAUCGAGCUCCAGAAAGUCAUCCAUUGGUGGAAGCAGCACGAUGUCUGUUGGAACCAAGUCGGACUCCAAUCCAUCUCGAAAUCCUGCCAUCAAGCAGGAGUCGAUGAAAUCACCUCUGGGUAGCGAGAAUGAGCCGACCAAACCGCAGUCUCGAGAUCAGGCAGUCAAGCAAGAGCGAAAACCUUCUGCUGGAGGAAUGUCUGUAUUCGGAAUCAAUCAGCACGGCAAGCGGCCCAGAGAAGCAACAAGCAAAGACGAGGAUGUGUCGACGAAAAAGGCACACCCCCUGAAGAACGAGAAGGUUCCAGACCUUGACGCCGCGCUGGCUGCACACCAGGCCGCCAAGCCGCCUCCUCCCUCACGACCGGCCGGGGUGAUGCCGCCACGGAAGAAAGCGCCUGCCGAUCCGUUCAUUCAACGCAAACCCCCCAGGCGAAAGGGAUGA